CCUCAGCGGGGCGAGGCACCUUCCGGCGACCCAGCUCUGGCAGCUCACCCAACCGCGCUGCCUCUCGAAAGCGCUUCUCGCCGCCGGGAUGCGCCGGCUCCAGUUCUCCUUUAGCGCCGCCCGCUCCUCCAUCGCAGUCACGCCGUGCCGCUGCGCUCACGGCGACGCGCUGGUCAACGGCAUUACCGGGCUCAUCACCGACGCCGCGCGGGCGGGGCUCUCGACGUACGACUCGAUCAUCGAGGGCGUCGUCUCGGGCUUGGUGCGCGCGCCGCUCGUCUCGGCCAUCAACAACUUCACCUCCGCCCUCCUCACCUACCCCGGCACGCGCGGCGGCGCACUCGACGACAGCUGCGAGGCGCCGCCGCCAGAGCCGCGCCGCGCCGACUGGCGCUCGCCGCCGGAGAGUGCGGACGUGUCCGCGCUGCUCGGCCGCGCGCUCGAGUGGCUCGACGCGCCUCGCGCCGCCCGCGCCAUCCACACGCUCGGCGUCGCCGCGCUGCGUGCGCCCGGGCCGCUGCUCGCCGUCUCUUCCGACCUGCUCCGCCUCUCCCACCUCGGGCUGGGCGAGGUGCGCGUCACGCUGCACGACGCGGCGGUGAGCGGGCUCGACUCCCUCUCGCAGCUGCGGCUGCUGCGGCCCGCGAACGUGUCGGCCGCCGCCCUCGACAGCAGCAUCGGCUUUGGCAGCGGCGGCACGCCCCUGCGCGCGAGCGUCGGGGUCGGCGUCGAGCUGCUCGGCGAGACGCGCCGCUUCGAGGCGGGCGUCGAGGUGCGAGCCGCGCAGCUGGAGCUGCGGGGCCUGGUGGACGUGUGGCGCAACUUGCUCCCCUUUCUCGAGCUCGGCGAGCUACUCACGCCAUGCGCCACCGUCCCGAUCGCCGGGCUGGCGCUGGUGCGCGAGGCGUGCAGCUUUGACGCCGACUUCUUCAGCGUCGAGUUCGAGGCCGAAGGGGCCGCCGCCCCCGCGGCCGUCCGCGGCGACCCUGCGCUCGCCGCACUCCGCUCCCUCUCCUCCGUCCUCGCGCGGGUCGCCAACGAGCAGGUGCUGUACGGACUGCCGCGCGCGCACGCCGCGUGCGCCGCGAGCGGGAGUGGCUCGGUCGAGGCGAAGGAGGCAGCCAGCCUCGCCGCCGCCGCCGCGCCGCCCAGUGCGAGAGCUAUCCAGGCGGCCGCCGCGCUCGACUUUUACCGCUCGCGCCAGCACGCGCCGCCGGCCGCGGCCGCGCAGAGCUCGCAGGUCGGCCGAUGGGAGUCUGCCGACCUGAUCUUCACCGGCAUCGGCGUCGCGCUCUGCGUCGCCGCGCUCGUCGCCUCGUGGCAGCAGUGGCAGCGGGCCGGCCGCGAGAGCCGCGAGUCGCGCGACUCGCUCCGCGUCUCCCUCGCGCGCCACCUGCCCCGCCCCGCGGCCUUUGCUCUGUCGGUGGCCAUGGCGACGACGAUGGCGCUGCUCGGAUGGAGCCGCUCCAAGCCGUGGCCGAGCCUGCUCGUGUCCCUCACCCUGGCGGGCGACCCGGUGCCAGAGUUCUCCCUCUACCAGCUCCUCUCCAUCCCCGGCUACUGCGCCAAGUUCUGGGCCGACGGGCAGUGGUACUACGCGGUCGCCAUCUUCGUGACCGCGGGCAUGUGGCCCUACGCCAAGCUCUGCCUCGCGCUCCUCCUCCUCCACGCGCCGCCGAGCACGCUCCAGCCGCGCUGGCGGCGCGCCAUGCUCGAGGCCUGCAACUCGUUGGCCAAGUGGGGCCGCGUGCACGUCGACAUGCUCACGCUGCUCGUCAUAUUCACCUCGUUUGACAUGCGCGCCGGCGACGAGGCGGGGGGGGCGCCGCCCCUCUUCGCCGUCCAGACGCACGUGGACACAAAGUGGCAGACGAUGCAGAUGGGCUUCCUGGCGCUCGCGGUGCUCCUCUCGCAGAUCGUGAUGGUCGUCCACCACCACCAGCACGAGCGGCAGCUGCAGGCGGACGCCGCCUCCUCGAGCGAACUCCGCCACACCGUCGCCGAGCUCGCACCGCCCCCGCCGGAGCUGCUCGAGCCCGCCGCCGCCCCGGCGGAGGCACCGGCGGAGCGCAGCACACCCGUGACCUAUGUCCAGGCGCAGCACGCCCGUGCGCCCACCUGCAGCUCGCCCGCCUGCAGCUCGCCCACGCUCUCGCCGACUCUCUCGCCGGCGUCGCUGACGCGCGCCGCGUCGCAGAGGCUGCGGCCUCGCGUGCAGCCGCAGCGCCGAGCGCUCUGCACCCUGCCGUACCGCUCCUGGCUCCUCGGACGCUCGGUCACGCUCUCGCCCCGGCUGCAGCGCCUGGUCGCCGCCAGUAUCCUCCUCUGCCUCGGAGGGCUCCUCGCGGGCUGCUUUGCGCCGCUGCUCACCGUGCAGAUCGCGGGCUUCCCGCGCGUGCUGCUCGACGAGACGCGCGACCGCACCUUCUCGCUCUGGGGACUCGCGCGCGCGCUGGCGCGGGCGCAGGCGCACAACGGGCCGGUCUCGCCCGUCGUCCUCGCCUCCUUCUGCCUCUCGGUCUUCGCCGCGCCCGUCCUCAUCCAGCUCCUCGCAUUCUGCCUCUGGUCCCUGCCGAUGAGCGGCAGGGCGCGCCGCGCCGUUGGGCUCGCCAUGCGGCUCGCUUACGCGUGGUGCGGCGUCGACGUGUUUUGCGUCAUCCUGUUUGCGGCGGCGAUCUUCAAGGACAAGUUCAUCCACGACUUGGCGACGGAGCGCGGCUGCUCGGACCUCAACCCGAUGCUGCGCACCUACUUUCCGCAGGAGACGCUGAUGACGGAGUCCGACUCGUGCAUCGCCCUCCACCUCUCCUUCCAGGCCGGCCUCGCCAUCCUCCUGCUCGUCCUCGUGAUCGAGCACGCCGUCGGCCUCUUCGUGCUGUUUGUGCUCGAGCACUCCGAGCUCGACUCGGUGCCGGAGAGCGCGCGCGCAGCUGUGAAGCCGCGUGCAGCGGCUCACGGGGCAGCCGAGCUAGAGGCGUGCAGAGCUAUGGAGAGCGUCCAACCGUCAGCGUGCCCGACGGACACGCGCAGAGCGUCCCUGCUGGGAAGCCAAGGAGCGAGCAGCUUGAGCGUCUGACAGACCGGUCUGAACUCUGAUGUGAAUGGACUAGAGAGUAGAGUAUGGAGCGUGAGCGCUCUCGAUGCAUGUGAGAUGCGUGUUUUGUACGCCCGUGGUCAUAUGGGACCCGUAGAACCGCAUGUUUACGUAUUACGUUAUAUCCGUGUUAGUUCUGUGAUUUGUUUCCUUAGUAGAAUUUCCUUCAUGAU